AUGAAACGGGUAUUUUGGUUGUUAUGUCCAGUUUUAUUUUUAGCUCCCUAUGUUUUGCCGAUUUCACUUGGAACAGCUGAUAAAGAUGGAAUACUGAACGUAUAUUUUGUUAAGUUUGGUUGGUUUUGGACAUCGGUAAUAUCAUGCUUAUGUGUGAUAAGGUACUCUAAUAUAGUCAACCAUUGGAAAAGGUACCUGCUAUUAACGUUAUGGUGGAUGAUAUUUACCCAAGAAGUAUUUGGAUUGACGCCGCUAAUGGAUCUAGUGUUCCUUAACAGCGGAGGAAUUUGUUCAUUUGACAUAUUUAGUACAGAUGGCAAUGAACAGACACUGAAUUUGCAAUUCCAUGACAAUGAGUUUAGAAGGCUUAGGGGAAUACGAAGGAUGCUAAAUUGGCUUGGUAAUGUGCAUGGUAGUGAAACACUUUUAUCUGCGUUGAACUCUAUUAUCUCGGAAGAUAGUUCAGAGUAUACUCCAGAACUUGCUGCUGAAUUAUCUGAAUUAUCCAAAUUGGUGAAGUCAAGUGCUGGUUGCUCAUAUGCUGGAGGACACUGGGUUGGCGGACAUGAUCCAAGUGGACAUAUAUUUUUGAUAACACUUAUGCUUAUGUUGAUGUUUGGGGAGUUAUCAUUAUAUCAAAGUCGUGCAUUUAGACACUUGCAAAAUACUUAUAAAAGAUUUUUGAACCGGGCAGGUAGUCAGUUAUUACAACUUCUAGAUAAUAGUGCAUUGGCUAAUUUAUGGAUUCAUGAUGAUCAUGAUGAUGAUUCACAAUGGUGGUUCAAGUUUCUCUUUCAACCUCCAUUGUCAUGUUACCAGACCUUAAUGACCUUAAUAUAUCUGAUUCUGAGGUUUAUAAUUUGGGAAAAUCCGAUACUAUUACUAUUCACUUUAACAGCGUUGUGGUCAUACUCAUUUGUAGUGACAGUAAUGCUCUUUCACACAUUUUGGGAGCAGUUAUCCGGGUUUGUUGCUGCAUAUUUGGUUUGCAUUCUUGUGUAUCAAUUCUUUUAA